GGGGGGCUGGUCACUUUCAGAGCUCUGGAGUCUCUGCCGGGGAGACUGGGAAACUGACAGCAGAAGGGAAAAAGAUUCUGACCCCACGCGGUGCCGCUGUCCCGAUGCCCCCGGCCCCUCGAACAGCCGGUUCUCGUUAAACCGACACCUUUCUUCUCGCUUCGCCAGGUCGGGACGGGGCGAGGAGAGUCUGACGCGGGGACAGGGUUUCUCCCAAGGGCAGCGACCCGUCGCCGGAUGAGGUGGCGGCGUGCUCGGGUGGGCGAACGUUCGGCACGGGGGCAGCAUGGUGCCGGCGUCCCGUCUCCCCUGGCACAAAGGCAGAGUGAUCGGAGGGCCGCCUGCCGGCGGGGGUCGUGGGGCUGCGUCUUCCCACUUGCUAAGAACUCCCCAGGAUUUUGGUGAUCGGCUGAGGCUUGAACCCGGGCCGGGAUGGCACAGGUGCUGCACAUGGAGUCCGGUUUCCCAGGGAAGCCCACCCCGACCUCCCCCGCCGCCUUUGGGGCCCAGGAGCCGCAGCUGCCCUACUCGGUGGAGACGCCGUACGGCUACCGCCUCGACCUGGACUUCCUGAAGUACGUGGACGACAUCGAGAAAGGCAACACCAUCCGGAGGGUCCCGGUGCACCGGCGGCCCCGCUACGGCUCCCUGCCCCGCGGCGCCGGCUCCUGGUGGACUUCCACCGAGUCCCUGUGCUCCAACGCCAGCCUGGACAGCCGCCACUCCUCCUACUCCUACUGCACCACCGGCUUCUACCCCCAGUGCGGGACGGGCGCCUUCAACGCCCGCGUGGAGAAGACCCUGCUGGACGCCCGCAAGAAGCUGGAGGACCAGGCGGGGGCCCUUGGGAGCCUGCACAGCAGCGUCUCGGGCUCCACCAGCUCCCUGGUGGGCGGGCAGCCCCCCGGCAAGCUGAACGGCGCGCAGGCCGGGUUCACCCCCCUGGGCUCAGGGCUGUCCACGCCCGUGUCCCCCAGCCCCGGGCACCUUCAGCACGUGCGGGAGCAGAUGGCCGUGGCCCUGAAGAAGCUGCGGCAGCUGGAGGAGCAGGUGAAGGUCAUCCCGGUGCUGCAGGUGAAGAUCUCGGUGCUGCAGGAAGAGAAGCGGCAGCUCAGCGUCCAGCUGAAGAGCCAGAAGUUCCUGGGCCACCCAGGCGGGUUUGGGAAGGGCAAAGCCAGGGGCGAGCUCUACAUCGAGAUCCCGGAGGAGGACGGGGGUGGGGGCGGGGAGGGGGCCACCUCCCCGCUGCGGGGGAGGCGGAGGCUGGAUUCGGGGGGCUCGGCCCCCCUGAGCCCCCCACCGGCGGCAGAGCGGAAGGAGGUGAGGUCGGUGGGGGUGGGGACAUCGGAGCCGGGGCACAGGCGGAGCGUGGGGGUGGGGGUGAGCGAGCAGGAGCUGGCGCCGGAGGGGCAGCGCCAGGUCGCGCUUGCCCUGUCGGCCAAGGUCACCGUGCUGGAGAAGCAGCUGCAGAAGGCCCUCCGGGAGCUGCAGGGGGCCCAGCAGAAGCUGGCGCAGCCGGGCACAGCUGGGCAGGAGGGAGCUGCGGGGCAGCGGCGGGCAGAGGGAUGCCCUGGCUGGCAGCAUCAGGAUGUGCCCGUCAAGGCAGACACGGUCAAGGUGAUCCAGGUGCAGCGGGAGCCGGAGAUCGCCGCCAGCACGGCCUUGGGCGUGGCCCACCGGCCGCAGCGGGCACAGAGCCUGGAGACCAAGGAGCCUUACACCAGUCUGCGGGCCCUGACCCGGGGGGAGCCGGGGACGCCGCCCCAGGCCGUGGUGGUGGAGACGGCCUUCCCCGUCCAUGCCGCCGCGCCCCACGCUACCCCCAUCCACGGCGUUAAGAAGAUCAGCAUUGUGGCUGAGCCCCACGGGGAGGAGACGGGCCUGGUCGGUGGAGCCUCGCCAGAGCCCCCCGGAGCCCCCCAGAAGCCAGAGGCCCCAGUCAUCCCGGACUUCGUCCCAGCUCAGCCGGCUGCACCAUAUCCAAGCAAGGCAGAGGACCCAGCCUCGGCUCAGGGGGGCAUCAGAACCGGCAUGAAGCGGCAGGAGGAGGCCCCGGAGAUGGCGGGCAGGAAAAGUUUCCAGUUUGUGGGCGUCAAUGGCGGGUAUGAGUCCACUUCCUCGGGCUCCAGCACGGCUGAGAACUCCUCCGACAACGAGAGCACGGAGAGCGAGUACCAUGAGGCCAGCGAGGGGCCCCCGGCGGGGCAGGUGCCGGCCCCCCAGAGAGUCCCGGCAGAGGGCGACAUGGCGACGGCAGGGGAACCCCCCAGCAUGGCACAAGGAAGCGCCACUGGGACAGGACUCAGCCCAGAGUUGUUAGCGGCCUGUGAAAUCCUGCAGAAGUACCUGGAGAGCCCAGACAUGCUCAUGGACAAGGAGAUGAAGGCCGCCUACACCCUGGUGCUGCAGGACUGGCUGCAGCUGUCGUGCCACAGGGAGGCUGCCCCUGAGGCCGUGGGGGGGCGCCUGGCCGCAUACCGUGCCCUCUCACCCCGGCUGCUGGAGUUCGUCCUCAACAUGGCAGAUGGGAAUGGGAACACGGCCCUGCACUACACCGUCUCGCACUCCAACUUCCCCGUGGUCCAGCACCUCCUGGAGACCGGCCUGUGCAACGUGGACAAGCAGAACAAAGCAGGCUACACGGCCAUCAUGCUGACGGCACUGGCUGCCACCCGUUCCGACAAGGACAUGGCCACCAUCCAGCAGCUGCUGCAGCUGGGCGACGUCAACGCCAAGGCCAGCCAGGCGGGGCAGACGGCCCUGAUGCUGGCCGUGAGCCACGGGCGCCAGGACAUGGUGGGGGCUCUGCUGGCCUGCACGGCCGACGUGAACCUGCAGGACGCCGACGGCUCGACGGCCCUGAUGUGCGCCUGUGAGCACGGCCACGCCGAGAUCGCCCGCCUGCUGCUGGCCACGCCCGCCUGCCACGUGGGCAUGGCCGACCACGAUGGCAGCACGGCCCUGUCCAUCGCGCUGGAGGCUGGGCAGAACGACAUCGCCGCCAUGCUCUACGCCCACAUGAACUUCGCCAAGCCGCCUUCCCCGGGGACCCCAAGGCAGCCAAAAGCCGAGACCGCAGCAGCCGUCCUGCCCACCGAGGCUAAGUAGCGGAGGAGGGACCUGCUCUGUUUCUCCCCCCUCUCGCUGGCAGCAGGGGGCGGCAUUUCCGCCCAGGCAGCCCUGAAGACAGUGACCGAGAUGUGGGGCGGGUCUCGAGGGCAUGCCGUCCACCCCAAGCACUGAAACUUACGAAGGCCCGUCCCUCCUGCGGUCCGAGCCAAGCCACUGGAGCCUCUGUGCCAGCCGGAGCCGGGGGGCGGCUGCCGCUGGCUGGUGGGAGUUGGGAUGGAUGUCGGGGGGCAGCAAGGACACGAGACAAAGGAAGCUGGAGACAAGCUCAGUGGCGGAAAUCGGGCAGCUGCGUUUUCUACGUCUCCGCUGGAUUAGGUCCCACAUGGAAGGACCCGCGACUGUGGGCCCUGCCACAGCUGGUUUGAUAGGCUCCACUCCAGCAGCAGCUGCAUCGCCCUGGCCUGCUUCUGGCAGACACAGGAUUCCCAUCCAGGGGCCAUUCCUACACGCCCUGGAAAUUCACGUGAGCCGGGAGCUCCCCUCCCCUGUCCCCCAUUGGACUGUAGCUGGAGACGGGGGGCUCUUUGGUGCAUUGUGGGUACUCCAUCCAUCUUCAGGUGACAGACACAGACUCCUCCUGUGUGUGUGACCUUGGGCAAGUCACAUUCUGUUGCUCUGUGCCUCAGUUUCCCCUCUGGAUUUUUUUCCCCCACUUAAAAAACUUGCUCUACUCAGUGUUAUUUCUGUGAUGGAAGCAGCUGGGGUUCUGUUUCUAGAAUCGAUUUUAAAGGGAGCAGGUUUUUUUAAAAAAAACCUUCCUAAAAAUUCCAGCCUGGUAAAUAUCCACACAACUCAUAGGGUGUUAACUCUCUGGGAGGUUGCAUGGAUUAAUUACCCUACCUGGCCAGUAGGGGACAGCACCUCCUCUCUCUAUAUACCUACCUAGCUCUAUAUAUAAAAAGAAAAGGAGGACUUGUGGCACCUU